UUGAAGCCCAAUCCAACGUAUAAUCUCAUGAUUGAGCCUAUACAGCCUCUACGUGACAAUCUAGAUAGCAUUGUAUACUCACAAUUCCACAAGGAUUUCGUCAAAUAUGAGCAAUACAAACGGGCUAUCGAGUUGGCACUUACAGAUCUAGACGGGACUGCUGAUAUCUUGAAUAUUCUUAUAGUGGGUCCUGGAGAAGGCGGAAUCGUAGAUAAACUCAUAGAUAUCUUGAAAAUAAUGUCAUUGAAGGUAAAGAUCACAGCAUACGAAAAGAAUCCCAAAUGCACUCAAAUAUUGAAGGACAAGAAUAGAAGCUUGUGGGAUAACCUUGUAGAUAUCAAAAUAGAAGAUAUCAGAACGUCUAACCUCGAAAGGCAAGAUCUAGUGAUAUCUGAACUAUUGGGCUCCUUUGGUGAUAACGAAGCUUGCCCGGAAAUAUUGUCAUUUUUUAAUAUUCCAGAAAACCGUCCAAAAAUAAUGAUUCCGGAAAGUUAUACUAGCUAUUUACAACCUGUUUUUACUUCUUUGGAUCCUCCUAGUUUACAGCGUCCUUAUUUGGUUCAUUUAACCAAGUUCUACCCAAUUGAUGAACCACAAGAGGUCUGGACUUUUGAACAUCCGUCUGACUCAUCAUCAGCACAAAGGUCGACUAAUCUAAAAUUCCGAAAUACCAAUAUUGCCAAAUGUAUUUCCGGUUUUUAUGGCCAUUUUUCAGCCACUUUGUACGGACAUAUCCAGAUUCAAAUAGAGAGCAAGAGCAGAUACAAUUUUUGCAAUAGCUGGUACCCUAUCUUCUUUCCAGUCAGCAAGACAGACUUGGCUAGAGAUGAAGUGUUCAACUUUGAAAUAGCUAGAUAUUCAAACUCUGACCAACUCUGGUACGAAUGGAAUUUCAAGGAUAAAACAUACAACAAGAACGGAAAUACCUACGUCAUUGAUUUGUGA